CUUUCGUGUUCAUGGCCACUCGCUCGGUCCACUCUUCUUCGAGGGGCUCCGUCGACAGCAAGAGCUCCGCCGCCCGCCUCAGCGGCGAAGGUCGCCGAGGCUCCUUCUCGUUCCCAGACGGGCAAGUUCGAACCCUACGUGCGUCCUCUUGGGUCUCCCGCCUCAAUCUCAAGCUUCCCCCUCUUCCCCCCGCUGCACAGCCCCCUAUUCCCGAUGGAAGAAAGCUCCGGACGCCCUUCGAUCACCCCGGCGCCACCUUGGACGUCGUCACCAUCGACACCGACGAGUCCCGCACCCGAAUGUCGAUUCCGAAUCUCGAUUCGCCCUUCGUCGCCCGCGGCUACUUUGAUCUGUUACAGCGGAGGCUCACAUUCGUCCCCCAGUCUCAGUCUCCUCUUCCACCACCGCCGCCGCAGCCUCCGCAUCGGAUUGUGGUGGACUGCGGAGGAAACGAUUUGCUCAAUGGGUUUGGCCCCUUUCAGUUUAGGCCGAGCUCAGCCCUUCCUCGAGGGGAACCUGGACGCCUUGCAGGCAGCUACAAUGGCGGUGGAAGAGUUUUUGUUAAGGACGAUUAUGGUGAGGUUAGUGGUCGUUUUCCUCUAUUUCGCAAGAUGGCUCACCUCGGGGAAGAAUUCGAUAGGGAACGAGAAGUUUUUGGAUCUGGUAACGGAAGGAAACUGGAACCUCUUCCCCCUGGCAAGAAAUCUGAUAACUGGAAUUUUCUCUGCCCCUCAAGGAGGAAACUUGAUCGGCGCAGUCGGGUUUCGGUAUCUCCAUUCUUCAACUCUGCUCACUUGAUAGAUAGGAGUAGAGGAACAAGAAUUGGAAGCACAGGAAUUUUGGAGAAUCGAAAUCGAAUGAGACCUCCAAGAAAUUGGGAUUUGCCAUUGCCUAUUUCCUUCUUACCACCAAGUGGGGUUGAACAUUUACCAUCUUGUAGAGGAUUCGAACGACAAUUCCCAAUUGAUCCAUGGCGAGCGAGCACUUCUGGCACUGGACCUUGUGAUGCUGGCGGUGACGGCAUGGCUUCUUCAGUUAGAACAUCUCAUGUAAGAUCAUGUUGUCUUUACCUUACUGCCGGCAUGGCUUCUUCAGUUAGAACAUCUCAUGGUUUUCAUGUCUUGCAUCAGAAAACUUCAGCAAACCCUCUUGACACUACAGUCUGCGCUGACAAUCCACAAAAACAUGCUUCACAGUGGAACAUGAGGAGAUUCAAGAGAACUGCAAAUUUUGAUGAUUCUCUUCCUCUAAAGUUUAGGAAGUUGGGUGGUGAUGAUUAAGAUCCAAAUUUCUAAACUCACUGAUUGGGACCGAGUUAAUCUACUGAGGCUAAUUGUCCGGAAGUCAACCUUCAAAUAUGGUCAGCAUUCUGAGCUACCAAAAGAAUUCAAGACUCGGCCUUCAUGAACUGAUCUUCGAUACAUCCUAAGGUCCGUGUAUCCACGAAUCUUCCCAUUAUAAAUGUGAGGUCGAGCUACAAAAUGGGUUCAAUAAAGUUACAAGGUCUUUGUAUCUACAACCUUCCCAUGUUUGAUAUAAAUAUCGUUUUGCAUGAACAUAACCUAUAAGUGAACUCCACUGUGUUUGUAUUUGUUUUA